AUGAUGGAGCGGGGACUUUGGGGUCUCUUCGAUGGAACGGAGAAGAAGCCGGACGACGAGAGCGGCAUUGCGGCAUGGAAGAAGAAGGACCAAAAGGCGUUCGCAACGUUGAUUUCGCGCAUCGGCAUCAACCUCGUAAGCGCGGUGCGCACGUGCAUCAAGCUCGAAGCGUCGGCGCAUGAAGCAUGGAAGCGGCUUGAGACAAUGCACGGCAACGCGCACACGGCAUCCGGCGAGGCCGAUGAUUCAAAGGAGUCGCUCGUGUUAGUGGCCGGCAACGGGAACAAAACUCCAAGCGACGCGUGGUUCCUCGAUACCGGCGCAACGCAACACAUGACGCACUUGGCGUCGCUCCUCAACAACAUUGGCGAUCCGGGAGACGUCACGAGCAUCGUGUUCGGAAACAACGAAUUGCUACCGGUGGUUGGAGUUGGGAGUACGCGCCUCAUCGUCGAUAGCGGACCGGUGGACGUCACGAACGUGCUUCACGUCCCGGGGGUGAAGGUGAACCUUCUAUCCGUCCCGCAACUUGCGAAGAAGGGCGUGAUCGCCACCAUCGACGGCGCGAAGAUGAACCUCUUUUGGAAGGGGGAGCAAUUCGCGCAAGGUGUUCUCAACGGAGAUAUCUACCAACUCAAGACGUACCCGAGAGCGGCUUCAUCCAACGUGGCGCAAGGCUCCAAGGCGACUCUUAAGGCGUGGCAUAAUCGGCUUGCGCACGCCAACUACGAGCUGGUCAAGGAGUAG